CAUGGCCGGACCCCCCUGCAUCUUGCUGCCCACAAGGGUCAUCUCCAUGUUGUCCAGGUUUUGUUGAAGGCAGGCUGUGACCUGGAUAUUCAGGAUGAUGGGGAUCAGACAGCAUUGCACCGGGCUGCUGUUGUAGGGAACACCGAUGUUAUAGCAACUCUGAUUCAAGAGGGGUGUGCUUUGGACAGACAAGACAAGGUAACAGGCACCGUUCUUCAUGAAGCUUGUUGGCAUGGAUUCAGUCAGUCUGCCAAAGUGCUGGUUAAAGCAGGAGCCAAUGUUCUUGCCAAGAACAAGGCAGGUAACACACCUCUUCACCUGGCUUGCCAGAAUAGCCAUUCCCAGAGUACUCGUGUUUUGUUACUUGGAGGAUCUCGAGCAGACCUCAAAAAUAAUGCAGGAGAUACCUGUCUGCAUGUGGCUGCUCGUUAUAAUCACUUGCCCAUCGUUAGGGUGCUGCUCAGUGCUUUCUGUUCUGUCCAUGAAAAGAACCAGGCAGGAGAUACUGCACUCCAUGUAGCUGCCGCUCUAAAUCACAGGAAGGUGGUUAAGCUGUUGCUGGAGGCAGGGGCUGAUGCAUCUGUUGUCAACAAUGCAGGUCAGACCCCUCUAGAGGUUGCCAGACAGCACAAUAACCCUGAGGUUGCACUGCUCCUCACUAAAGCAUCACAGGUCUCGCGCUUUAACCGUGGAAGAAGCCUGAGGAAGAAGAGAGAGAGGCUGAAGGAGGAAAGGCGAGCUCAGUCAGUACCACGGGAUGAAGCGGUACAGAGCAAGGGCAGCGUCUCAGCUGCUGAUGACACACCGAGCAGUGACCAGGCACCGCAGAGGAAGAGUGAUCUGAAGGACGAGCCCCGGUCAACCUCACCAGAUCCCAAAGGGAAGAAGAGCAAAAAGAAAAAGCCAAAGGAAAAGGUUUCGGCACUCUCGGACCCCAUCUCCCCAGCUGAUCAGCAGACACUCCCUCGGCCCCAGCAAAACGUGCCUAAGCGCAGAAGUAAACACCGCUGCUCCUCUCCACCCCCUCCCCACGAGGUCCGAGCCUACCAGCUGUACACGCUCUAUCGAGGAAGGGAUGGGAAGGUGAUGCAGGCACCGAUAAAUGGAUGUCGUUGUGAGCCCCUGAUAAAUAAACUGGAGAAUCAGCUGGAGGCAACGGUGGAAGAGAUAAAAGCUGAGUUUGGGACAGUACAAGAUAAGAUGAAUGUUAAGCUGGGCCAGAUGGAAAGCAAAACUCAACAUCAACUGCGUGUUUUAGACAAGCUUAUGGCUGAGCGGCUGUCUGCAGAGAGAACAGAGUGCCUUCACCGCCUGCAACAGCACAGUGAGCUGGAGAAAAGUGAGGGGGAGAAACGGCAGAUUUCCUUGGUGGAUGAGCUGAAGACUUGGUGCACAUUGAAGAUUCAGAAUCUGGAGCUCAAGCUUUCUGGAGAUUCCAGGUCAUCAAGACCAAAAUCAACUUUGUCCACUUGUGAGUCUCUCACCGAGACCCUGGAUACUGAGAACAACCCCCACAGUGCCAAGGAGUGUAAAGCCAGCCAGCCCAUGCUGCAGCCAGAGGGCUCCCACCAGCAUUCCUGUAUCACGCUUCCAAAUAGCCUCUCGGAAGAUGGGGGAAGGAGCAGAGUCCAGAUGCCAGAACAGAGCUCUGGGCAACAUUUUUGCAUUCAACAGGAUGGUGCGUCAGGUACAGAGCAACAGUUAAUCAUUGGCGGACCAGUUUCUUCUGCCCCUACUCAAGAUGUCAGGCCAAAGGACAAAGCUGUUAGUGCCAGCACGUUCCACAGGUUCCAGCAGGAGCUGCCCUCCUCCGAGCUUUUGGGCUCCAAAUUAAGACACGUUAAGGUUCAAGCUGCUUUGCAGCCCUUGACUGAACCUGCAAAGGCCGAACCACAGAGUGGCUACUUCAUUGACAAAGGAACUCAGACAAAGAAGUCCAGCAAAAGCGGGCAGUCGAGGCACAAAGCUCUGCACCAGGCCGGGGCACACCAGAGCCAGGAGCAGCAGCCCGCGGCCCUGCCUGCGGGACAGCCGCCGGCCCCUCCGCUCAGAGACACCUCCCAGGCCCUGGAGAUAACGCAGUACUUCUUUGAGGCCGUUUCCACGCAGAUGGAGAAGUGGUACGAACGGAAGAUAGAAGAAGCCCGGUGCCAAGCGAAUCAGAAAGCGCAGCAAGACAAAGCUGCGCUCAAGGAACAUAUUAAAAGCUUAGAAGAGGAGCUCAGCAAAUUAAGGACUAAGGUGCAGAAGGAGAGCUAG